CCCGCCCUCGGCGCGUCCCUCCCUCGGUCCCCGCGUCGCUCGCCGGGCGCACGCUCCGCCUCCGCCAGUCGGCCGGGCUGUGUGGUGCGCGGCGUGGAGCGGGAGCCGGACGCGCGGCUGGGGCUGGGGGCUGGGAGCGCGGCGCGCACGGCCUCCCCGCGCGAGAUAGGCGCCCGCCACCGGGCGAGGCCGGCACCGAGAUGGCAGACAUGGGCAGCAAGGGGGUGACGGCGGGGAAGAUCGCCAGCAACGUGCAGAAAAAGCUCACCCGCGCGCAGGAGAAGGUCCUCCAGAAGCUGGGGAAAGCGGAUGAGACCAAGGACGAGCAGUUUGAACAGUGCGUGCAGAACUUCAACAAGCAGCUGACUGAGGGCACCCGGCUGCAGAAAGAUCUCCGGACCUACCUGGCCUCUGUCAAAGCCAUGCAUGAGGCCUCCAAGAAGCUGAACGAAUGUCUGCAGGAGGUGUACGAGCCAGACUGGCCCGGCAGGGACGAGGCCAACAAGAUCGCUGAGAACAACGACCUGUUGUGGAUGGAUUACCACCAGAAGCUGGUGGACCAGGCGCUGCUGACCAUGGACACGUACCUGGGCCAGUUUCCUGACAUCAAGUCACGCAUCGCCAAGCGGGGGCGGAAGCUGGUGGACUACGACAGUGCCCGGCACCACUACGAGUCCCUUCAGACGGCCAAGAAGAAGGACGAGGCCAAGAUCGCCAAGCCUGUCUCGCUGCUUGAGAAGGCCGCCCCCCAGUGGUGCCAAGGCAAACUGCAGGCUCACCUCGUAGCCCAAACUAACCUGCUCCGAAAUCAGGCCGAGGAGGAGCUCAUCAAAGCACAGAAGGUGUUUGAAGAGAUGAACGUGGAUCUGCAGGAGGAGCUGCCGUCCCUGUGGAACAGCCGCGUGGGUUUCUACGUCAACACGUUUCAGAGCAUCGCAGGCCUGGAGGAGAACUUCCACAAGGAGAUGAGUAAGCUCAACCAGAACCUCAACGACGUGCUGGUCAGCCUGGAGAAACAGCAGGGCAGCAGCACCUUCGCGAUCAAGGCCCAGCCCAGAAAGAAAACCAAACUGUUCUCCCGGCUGCGCAGGAAGAAGAACAGCGACAACGCCCCUGCCAAAGGGAACAAGAGCCCUUCGCCUCCGCCAGAUGGCUCCCCUGCAGCCACUCCUGAGAUCAGAGUCAACCACGAGCCAGAGCCGGCCAGCGGGGCUGCCCCUGGGGCCACCAUCCCCAAGUCCCCGUCUCAGCUCCGGAAAGGCCCACCCGUCCCUCCGCCUCCCAAACACACCCCGUCCAAGGAGAUCAAGCAGGAGCAGAUCCUCAGCCUGUUUGAGGACACGUUUGUCCCCGAGAUCAGCGUGACCACCCCUUCCCAGUUUGAGGCCCCAGGGCGAUUCUCGGAGCAGGCCAGUUUGCUGGACCUGGACUUCGACCCCCUCCCGCCCGUGGCGAGCCCUGUGAAGGCACCCACGCCCUCCGGUCAGCCCAUCCCGUGGGACCUCUGGGAGCCCACAGAGAGUCCAGCAGGCAGCCUGCCUUCCAGGGAGCCCAGCGCUGCUGAGGGCACCUUUGCUGUGGCCUGGCCCAGCCAGACGGCUGAGCCGGGGCCUGCCCAACCAGCAGAGGCCUCAGAGGUGGCGGGUGGGACCCAGCCUGCAGCCGGAGCCCAGGAGCCUGGGGAGACGGCGGCAAGCGAAGCAGCCUCUAGCUCCCUUCCCGCUGUGGUGGUGGAGACCUUCUCAGCAACUGUGAACGGCGCCGUGGAGGGCGGCAGCGGGGCUGGGCGCCCAGACCUACCCCCUGGCUUCAUGUUCAAGGUGCAGGCACAGCACGACUACACAGCCACCGACACGGAUGAGCUGCAGCUCAAGGCCGGCGACGUGGUGCUGGUGAUCCCCUUCCAGAACCCCGAGGAGCAGGAUGAAGGCUGGCUUAUGGGCGUGAAGGAGAGCGACUGGAACCAGCACAAGGAGCUGGAGAAAUGCCGGGGCGUGUUCCCCGAGAACUUCACUGAGCGGGUGCAGUGAUGCGUGAGGCCACCUGACCAGCGCGCCCGGUCCUGGAAAGAUGUGUGUUUCUUUUCUUUCUUUUUUUUUUUUCGUUGUUGUUUUCAAACUCUGGAAAAGCAAAGGGACGCUGCGAGGGAAGAACAUGCCCAGGCCUAGAGGCGUUUCCCCCGCAGAUGGGGAGGGCUCGCAGAGAGCCCCACCCGGCCAGCCCGGUGGCGUCGGCCAGAGUUCCCGAAGCUGCUGUGUCUCCCGCCCUAGUUGAGUACCCGGCGUCUGCGCCUGUGCCCGCAUGUGUCCCCCAGCAGCUGCUGAGUGGGGCGCAGGCACCAGCCCGGCCUGUUUGAAAAUAAACCCCAGUGUUCCAAACAGAAGGAAGCGAACAAACAAACAAAGCUGACAAACCA